UAUCACCAAAUCCAAUGUUGGUUAUAUUUCCCUCCACUAUCCACCACAACAGCAGCUAACCAACCAACCAUUGCCAUGGCCGUACUAACCACGGCCUUACAGUUACAGUCACUCCCUUCUUCCUUCCCUCUUCCUCGCUCUCCCUUUAUCUCUUUUUCCUUUUCCCUUUCCCCCAUUUGCCAACUCCCCCACUCUCCCAAAACCUCCGGAAGAUCAUCACUACCCUCCUUGAAGGGAAUUCAGUGCAUCAAGAAUGAAGUGGGAGCUGACCCAAAAAAAGGCGUCAGUGUUUACAAGCCUAAAUCAUACCAAGUCCUUGUUUCUGAUGCCGCAAAUUCUCUUUUUUAUGCCCUAAAUGACGGAAAGACCAGACUCGAAAUUGACUUCCCGCCCUUGCCCACCAGCAUUUCUUCUUAUAAGGGGUCUUCGGAUGAGUUCAGUGAUGCCAAUAUCCAACUUGUACUAGCUGUUGUUAAGAAGCUUCAGGAAAAGAUGGAAACUAGAGCUUGUGUGGUGUUUCCUGACAAACCAGAAAAGCGUAGGGCCAGCGAUCUUUUCAAAGCAGCUCUUGACUCGAUAGAUGGCAUUACCAUUGGAUCCUUGGAUGAUAUUCCUGGGGGCGCUGUGACCUCAUUCUUCAGAUCUGUAAGGAAUACACUGGACUUCGAUUUUGAGGAUGAGAAUGAAGGUCGUUGGAAGUCUGACCAACCUCCUACACUAUAUAUAUUUAUCAACUGCAGCACUCGUGACCUUUCGUACAUUGAGAAGUAUGUGGGCAAAUUUGCUGCGUCAACCCCGAGUCUCCUUUUCAAUCUCGAACUUGACACCUUGCGUGCUGACCUGGGUAUUAUAGGCUUUCCACCAAGGGAAUUGCAUUAUCAAUUUCUUUCUCAAUUCACCCCCAUCUUUUAUAUUCGAACAAGAGAGUACUCAAAGACAGUUGCAGUGGAACCUUAUAUAGUGAACUACAAUGGAGCUCUCUUCCGUCAAUAUCCUGGGCCUUGGCAGGUGAUGCUGAAACAGACAGAUGGUUCUUUUGUUUGUGUGGCAGAAAGUGCAACUCGCUUCACUCUUAACGAAACCAAGGAAGAACUAUUGAGAGUCCUCGGACUGCAAGAGGAGAAAGGAAGCUCACUUGAAUUUCUCAGAAGAGGAUACAAGACUGCAACCUGGUGGGAAGAAGAUAUUGAUUUAGAAGCAUCCUCUGCAUGGCGUAGUUGAACAGAAAAUUGCCACAGAAGAAGAGGAUGGCGGGUGGGGUGGAGAUUUAUAACACACUCAAGUGGUGGAGGACAAGCUACUAAAUCACCAAAUUUGUUGAUCCAGCAUUUCCUUCGUAAAAAUGCUCUUUGUAUUUAUUCUACUUUAUAGUAACUUGUACUUCAACUAGAAAGAAGGUUGUCUUAAAGAGACAAGUCCUUUAAAGUUUGUUGGGGCGUCCCAAGCUAUGAAAAAAAGAAUGUGUUACACUUUAUUCUCUUUUAGCUCUCUCAUUGUUUACUUCUUUCUCUUUCAAAAGUGUAAAGGUUUUCCUGCGCAUAAAGAGCCUUCAUUCUCUUUG